AUGAAAGGUAACGCCCCCUGGACAGCCGAGGAGAACGACCGGCUAAGGGAGGCCGCCAGCAGGCACUCCCUCAAGCACUGGAAGCAGAUCGCGAGGAGCGUGCCCGGGCGCACAGCCGUGCAGUGCCUCCAGCACUACAAGCACGUCCUCCACCCCGGCAUUGAACGGGGCUCUUGGACCCCCGCGGAGGACAAGCAGGUGAUGAACCUGGUGGCAAUCCACGGGACUAAAGUGGUCCAAGAUCGAAGCCGAGAUGCCGCGGCGUCUCGGAAAGCGAAUACCUUGAAACGGGGCGAGUGGACCGCGGAAGAGGAGCGCGUGUUGCUGGAGCGGUACGCCGAGAUAGGCCCCAAGUGGUCUCAGAUCUCCAAGCUGAUCCCGGGAAGGAGCUACAACUCCGUCAAGAACCAGUGGUCGGCCUUCAACCGGGGGAGGGGAGUGUCGAGCCGUGGCAAGAGCAACGCCGCCGAUGCCAACUGCGUCGGCGGUGCGCACUUCGCCGGCGGCGUCGGCGGCGUCGGCGGCGUCCCCGUGCACGCAAACACCGGCGGGGGCGUCGCCGAAGGCGUGGCGGAAGGCGUGAUCGGAGCGAUGGUCCACGACGGCGGCCUGAUCGGGCUUGACGGUAACAGCUUGGACGGGAUCGGCGGCGGCGGCGGCGGCGGCGGCGGUGGCGGCGGCGGAGGCGUGUUGCCUGGCGUACAGGCGGUGACGAACGGAGACGGGCUCAACGAAAGCACUUGGUUGAGCCUAGGCGGGGGUCCGGUGGGGAACGGGGUCGUCACCGUUGCCGGUGCCGAGGUUGACCACCCGGGAGACGACCUCGUGAUCGAUGCCGGCGUCCGGGAUGACGGCGGGGGCGGCGACGCAGGAGGCGUUGGCGCGGUCGCUGGCGGCGUAGACGGCGGUGGUGUUGUUGCUGCUGGGCAGCAUCCGGUACCGGGCGGCAGGCCGUCGCAUGACGUGGGGGGAGGCGAAGGGGGGGGGGUCGUGGGGCUGGGAGGGCACGGGGUGGAGGAAGACGAUCACCUCGGGUUGAUGAAGGCGGCCGCGGAGCAGUCGGCCGCCGAGCAGAAGCAGGCCGACGAGGAGCUGGCGGAGGAGCAGAGCUUGCGCUUGAGGCAACUGGUGGAGGAGAGACAGCUGGUGGUCGGCACCUCUGGGGCGAAGGACUGGACGAACAUCGCGAGGAAGAUCCCGCCGAAGACGGAUCUCCAGUGCAUGCUCCACUGGAACCACGUCAUCAACCCGGAACUGACGAAGGGCAAGGGUUCGUGGAAGCAGGAAGAGGACGAGAGGAUAAUCCAGCUGGUGGAGCAUCACGGCAAGAAGUGGAGCGUUAUCGCGAGCCAGCUCAAGGCAGAGAACGGCAAGAUGACGCGCGUUGGCAAGCAGAUCCGGGAGAGGUACCUGCACCACCUGGACCCGAACCUCAAGAAGGGGGACUGGUCCGUGGAAGAGGAGGAAAUUCUUGUCCGGGAGCACGGUAUUCAUAAGAAUAAAUGGGCGCAGAUCGCCAAGUCUCUCCCGGGGCGCUGCUCCAACGACAUCAAGAACCAUUGGUACGCGCACGAGCGACGGCAGAGAGAGAUCUCGCGGGCUUCCACGUCGUCGACGGCGGCGACGGCGACGGGGACCCCGCCCAUCGUCGUGCAGCGCACAGCAAGGCCUUUCCCCAUGUCCGCGAACCCUUAUCUGCGGCAAGUUCUGUCGGAGUCGAAGCAUGGCGGAGAGCAUCACCACAGCGGCGGUGUCGGCGGGGUGCUGCUGGAGCGGCCGCAGGAGCCGCCGAUAUCGGCGGCGCCGGGGGGCCCGGGCGACGGUCAUUUCCUCGGGGGGGUGGUCGUCGACUGCGGCGGCGCCCCCGAGCAGCACGAGGAGUCCGUUGAGGUGGAAGACAGACACCGAGACGGCAGCAUCGAUGACGGCUUGCUCCUCCAACAGCCGGCGGGGGACUACGACCCCACUCACGUCGCCGGGAGCGGCGGCCACGGGGGCCACGGCGGCGGCAGCGGCGGCGGUGGAGACGGCGGUAUGGACGACCACGAUCACGGCGACAUGAUGAUGAUGAUAAUGGCUUCGCAUGCCAUGCCUCUGCCGCCGCCACCAGCCCCUGCGGCGGCCCCAGCGCCCGCCCCGGGAACGGAUGCCGGGGGGGUUUUGGUGGGCCCUGUGCCAUCGGCGGAGGAAGAAGUUGAUCCAGAGCAGGACUUCGGGUUGCCGCUCGCCAAACGCGCUCGGAUUGAUGGCGGCGAUGACGGCGGCGGCGGAGGUGGUGGCGGCGACCCGGGCGGGGAGGGUCACGACAUGCUGAUUGAUGGCAGCGGCGUCAGCAGUGUGGGUGUGGGUGAUGUAGAAGACGAGAACACCGUUGCUGAUAGCUUCGUGGGAAGCGGGUUCGGCAGUGAUGACCACGCGGCCGUGGAUGCCGGCGGCGGCGGCGGCGGCGGUGGGAGUGGCGGCCGAAUUGACGAUGACGUGGUCGGAGCCGGCAGCGGUGUGAUGGACCACUUCGGCGCGACAGAGAUUGGCGGCGGCGGCGGCGGCGGCGGCGAAGGAGGCGGCCUGGAAAGGUUCGAAGACGCCGGGACCAUCGGUGACGGCGACCUGGAGAGGUUCGAGCCGGCAGAGGCAACGGGGGACGUCGACAACGGCGGUGGCAGUCCCUCCGCUGCGGCCCGUCUUGAAGAACACCACCGACACCACGCUGGCAUCGGUUCUGACGGCGAAGGCGGCCACGACGGUGUUGACGGAGGCGACGCAGAUUGCGUGUUCCCUGGGUGGGACAGACUUAGGACCGAAGACCCAAAGAUGCACUGA